AUGCUGUCUACCAGGCACUGCCUGGGGCCCGUGGCCCAGCGGCGGCCCUUGGCGGUGCCUAGCCUGCGCAACCGCACCGCCAGCCGCGUGACCGCCUUUGGCGAGCGGGUGGCCGUCGUGGGCUCCUUCACGGGCUGGGACCCCGCCACACCGCUGAAGCUGGAGUGGAGCGAGGGCAACCUUUGGCACGGCGAGGUUGAGGUGCCCGCGGGCGAGCCUCUGGAGUACAAGUACAUCAUCUCCAAAGGCGAUGCCGUGACCUGGCAGCCCGGCCGCAACCUGGUGCUGACCCUGAGCGAGGGCGCCCAGGCUGUGCUGGUGCUGGACGACUGGCUGGGCAAGAAGCACGAGGUGAAGUCAUCAACUGCCAAGGAGGAGGCAGAGGUUGCGGCCCAGGGCGCAGAGGCGGCUGUAGUGGAGCUGGUCGCGGCUGUCAACAGCAUAGCGGCCAAUGGCGUGGCGGCUGUGCUGGAGACGCAGCUGCCGGUGCCAGCAGAGCAGGAGCAGGCAUUUCAGGCAGCCGAGGCGACGCCCACUGAUGAGAAGCAACAAGAGGAGGAGGGGCCAGAGGCGGCAGCUAUGACAGCUACCGAGGAUGGGACCGCGCCACUGCUUGCCAACGAGACGCUGACGAAGCCUGCGGCAGCAGCUCCAAAGGCGGCGUCGGCCACGGCCCUGCGUGCGCGGGACAAGGCUCCCUCGGCCGCGAUGCCCGUGGUCGCGUUGGUGGUGUGUGUGGCGCUGGUGGCUGCUGCCCUGGACGCCGUGGGGCCGCUGGUGGCUGGCGGCCUCGCCAUCCUGCGCCAGCGCGCCGCCACGGUGCUGCACUUUGUUGCUGACUCGCUGGCCACGCUGGCCAGCAGGCGCCGCUGA